AUGGGUGGUACACAAGACAUCGCCACGGUGGAACAGGAUCGGAAACAAUAAUUUUGCGUUAUGUUCUUGGCCUGGAAGUCAAUAAAUCAAAAGUUAAUGAUGGAUCAGCAGCUGUAUUUUUCAACUUUUGAAGACAAAUGUUGAGCAACAAGGUCUAAAGAUGGAAAAUAUUAUUGGUGAAUCAUUUCAUGGAGCAUCAAAUAUGCGUAGGGAGUUCGGAGGUGUACAGAAGCUGAUCAAAGACGUUUCGCCAAAUUCGUUGUACAUAUGGUGCUACGCUCAUGUGCUAAACCUUGCUGCUCCAGAUAUGGUAGAAAACAUAACCGAAGUGAAAAUUUGAUCAGCUUGCUUCAAAGCACCGUAACGUUUUUUUUUUCAGAUUCGUGCAAACGAAUGAAUGUUUGGAGCAGGAUAAAGAUUGACGAAGCAGUUGGUUCAGCAAAGCUAAGGAAAUUGCAGAAGAUUGGUGACACGGCUAUAUGGUUGCCUAAGCAGGCAGUAUUAGAAACAAUUUUUUGUCCGUAUAUAACAAUUAAAAAACGGAACAUAUUUUGUCAUGCUAAAGGUACUGAAUGAUAUUGUGAAUCUGCCCAAAUUCAAUGCAAAGGCAUCUAUUGAGGCCUCGACGUUGCUUGAAAAAUGGUUACAAUUCAGUAACAUUUUAACUGUGUAUUUUCUACUUCUUUUGCGUAGUAUGUUUGCAAGCAUCCGAUUACUUGCAAACAAGUGGUUUGGAUUACCUUAGUGCUUGGAACAUGGUGCAGUCAUCAAAAGACGAGAUACACAGAAUCUCAUAUGACACCACUGUAUGA